UGUCUGAUCCGCUACGGUCUGCAGAUAGGCGUUGGCUGUAUACCCAAGAGCACCAAACCGCAACGCGUGGCGCAGAAUGCAGAUGUGUUUGACUUCGAACUGUCAGCGGAUGAUUUGGCCGCGCUCAACGGCCUCAACGCUAAUCUUCGCGUGUCAUGGGACCCCACAGAGAUAGCGUAA